UUGUUCGCUGACGGACUGACUGCUACGAUUGUUGGGGUACUUUGGUGUUGCAGACACCCAGCAGCAGCAGCAGCAGCAUUCCAAUGUCUUACGUUUGUUUUGGCGGGGGCUGGCUCUUUCUUGGGCGCUGUUUCAUUGUUUUUUGUUUAGCACACCAUUUAGUGUUGGAGCGCCACAUCUAUAGAUGUAUGUACUCGUAUGUGCUCAAUUGAGCCGUUUUGAGUAGAGCGAGCAUGGGUUUUUGUACGUUUAGUUUUGUUUCGAAUUUUAGUUAUUUUUAAGAUUUUCGCCCGUUUAGAAGUGCAGUCAGUCAGACUGUCAAUUAGUCAAGUCAAGUCAGUGGAGCUGUUGCUGGUUAAUGCUACUGCGGCUCUCUUAUAGAUUUAAGCGUUAAAUUACAUGCGAAUGCGAUAAAAAAAAACAUCCAACGAUUAAUUUAAGUGUAAAACGUUUUGGGCUAUUCAUAAAAAAAGUGCGAAGAAGCGCCUCUUUUUUUUGUUAUUCUUUGCUUUCUCUGUAGAUAUUCUUGUUUUUUUCUGAUGUUCGUGCAUAGUUUUUGUAGAACACGCUAGACAUUAUGUUUAAGUUUCCCCUAAAACGUCAUCAUAACAACAACAACAAUAGCAGCGGCAACAAUCAAUCGUCGAAUCAUCAUCAUCACAACAGCAAAUCGGCAACGUCACUCAGUAAUGAGGGUUUUAUUUUUAUACGCUGUGGUCAUAACCAUCUGAACAACAAUCCCAAAAUUCUACAAAAUUUCAGAGACAACAACAGCGGCGGCCCCAUCGCCCAUGGCGGCAGCAGUAGCAGCAUUAACAAUAACAUCAACAACAUCACCGCUAGUCCUCCCGCCAAUGUUGCUCCCCACAAUAACAAAUAUGUUGCAAAAAGUACUGUACAAUCGUCGUGGCGGCCCCAGUUGCCAUUGCCCCAGGAGAUUCAACUCUCAAAUGAAAACAUCAACCACCAAUAUCACCACCACCCAAAUCAACUUAGCAGCGUACACCAACAACAACAGGACGCCGACUACGAAGAGGACCUUAACAAAAUACAAAUUAUCGAAAGCGACAUGGAUCGUUUUCACAAAAAGGAUCCAUCGUUUAAUGGCUCACAAAUUUCGAAUGGCAGCAAUGGUCCCAAUAGCUCCAACAAGAAAUGGUCCUUUGGCCGACUCUUUAGGCGUGGUAAAAAGGAAAUCGAAUCCGAGUCCUCAUCAGAGGAUGAUCGUAAGGCUGGUUUCUCGCCAGCACAAAAAUAUCCCCGCACUAGUUCGGCAGCAGCCACCUCAACACCAAAUAAAAAGUCCAAGUCAAAGUCCUCCGCAACAGCAGGUAAUCGAAAAAUGACAGGGAGUGGUUUCGAUCACAUUGUAGUUAGCCCCACUUCGGGUAACUCCUCAUCGACAGUGACCUCACCGGUGGGCCAGCACAUAGAUAAUGAGUUCUUUUUGCCAGUGGAAACGAUAUCACCGAUGGGUUCUCAGGAGCCCUUUUAUCAAAACAACAACAACAACCAACACCAGCAAACUGGGCAAGGACAGCGUUUGCAUCAGUCUCAACAGUACCUGCCACAUGUACCUCAAACGCAACAACAGCUGAUGAGCAAAUCUGUCCAUUCUCUGGAUCGUCGUUCAACAAGAUCUGCAAAACCAAAGCCUACAGGACCGAAACCGCAUAAUCAUCCCAUACAUAGUCCACAUGUAAUGGGAGCUUGUUCCUCCAGUGAGGAGGAACUGAUAUCUCUGAAUUCGUCUACCUUUUCGAAAUAUCGCAGUGACGAAAGCAUUCACAGCGGUGGGCAAGGUAACAAUGGCAGCAUAGGAGGAAGUGGAGGCAGCCGCAGAAGUAGAGCUGCACGCAAUGAACGCUACUAUAAACGUUUGUCCCGCGAUGGAGAGGUUAGCCAUGGUCAGGUGCCCAUUAUGUUUGCCCAACAGCCCACUCAAAGGUGGAAAACGCAACCGGUGCCUUUGUCCAUAUAUCAGGCGCAGCCAGCCCGCCCGCAUAUGCAACAACCUCAGGCCCAGGUGCGCUCCUCGGCGGAUAAUGUGCAACAUUCUAAGCUGCGCAAUACCACCAGCCUGCAACACAUGGCUCCCUAUGUGCAGUGGAAUCAGCAGCGCCAACAACAGCAACCAAAGAAUUUGCAAAAUUCUGUGAAUGCUGCCAAACGCAGCAUUAGCUACGACAGCCAGAUACAUUUGCAAAAUGUUGGCGGCAGAAUGCAAUCGAAACCUCUGCCUCCUCCGCCGCCGCCCAGAGACCCUCUGCGUAAGGUUAAUAUCAGUGGACAUAUACAGGAUGGAAGCUCGGGGGACUUAAGACCCAUAUCCUACGCCUUUGAUCAAGCCGGAGUACCGGUGUUGCCUGCUACUGGUCUUAGUGGAAGAUGUGUUUCGGAUGAUAAAAUUUGGGCCCAGCAUCAGCCGCAAUACCAGUCCAUACGUUCAUUGAACAUUGUGCCCAACCAUGGAACUCCAGCUCAGCCUCAACACAGGCGCUUUAUCACUAGGGCCGAUCGCGAUGCCCAUCCUGGCAAGAAAUCCCUGCCAAAUGGUUUAGAUUUUCAUUAUGUGGCCGAUGCUACACCACGUUCUCGCAAACCCAUACACAUGCUGGAUACCAGCAAUGCCUCCUAUGUGGAUGAGGUCGAAGACCCUCCGUCAUCCGGGGUAUUGCGCACCACCAAAAGCGGUUUGCCCACUUCUCCCACCAAACUGAAUGCCAACGAGUUUUGGAAACGUAUGGAGGGCUCCUCCCAAAAUAUUGCCACUCCCACUCCGGUGCCUAGGGGUCGUGAUGUGCAGAGGAGUGUGGUAGAUGCUGGUAUGAAACCCAGAUCAGUUUCCACCUCCCGGGUGCCAGAAAUGAGAGCUUAUCCCAUGCCCAUGUACUCGGAGGUAUACAAGCCGAAUAAGACGCAGCGCACUAGUCCACAGCAAAGACCCAGCUCUCCUCGCCCCAAUUACGGUCACGAUGAGGUUGAUGGUGUUGUAUGUGGUAGUCUGCGCAUUCAACCAGGUCAGGAUAAUGCCAGCAAUUUUGUUGAGAUACGUAACCGAGAUGUGGUCAAGUCUCAAUCAAUGCCAGAGCACUAUCACAGGCGCUCGGGUGAAAUACCCAAUACACCGAACAAAUAUGAGGAAUAUGUCAACGAACGUCGGGAACAGCACCAGAAAGCCCCGCAACCACCACAGAGAAAACUUAGUGGUGGUACUGCGGUCGCCGUUGGUAUACCCCAUAUACCACAGUUCAGUUUUCCACGCAAGAAGCCAGCCAAUCUGGAGGAGGCCAUCAAUGAGUUGGAAGCCAUUUACAAAUCGUUGGGCCUGACCGAACCUGAGCCGGAGGUGGUAAAAAAAGAUAGGGUGCCCACACCCAAUGAUUUUGAAAAGUUUGCCUUGGCUCAUGCCCAUGAAUACGAUGACGAGGACUCCCCAACAGGAGAACCAGAUCCUAUUCGCGAUGAUGUGGCCUAUCGCAAUAUAAAAUUAGCCAAUCUGCAGCAUAAGACAGUGGAAAAGCAACCACCUUUCGGCAUACCCUUGGGACCCAUAGUGCCAGCAUCGCAAACCGAUUAUCUGCAUGUGGUGCCGAAUCAACAGUUGGGCUAUGCCCAGGAGGAUAUGAAGGCUCCUGAUGUGGUCAAGGAUGAUUUGGCCGUGCGGGCUUUACGCAAAGAUCCUGCUCAGACAAAGGAAAAGAUCCAGUAUCCCUCUGGAGGUCUGCAAAAGAAGAAUCGCGCUACUCGUACCCAAUCGGCCAACAUCUAUGCCCUCAUACAAAGAGAUGCCGCCAAGCCAUCGGGGGGAGAUUUGCUCUCCUAUCUGGAGUUAACAAAAAGCAUAGAUCGAUCCGAAAGUAUGUCCGAUCUACACAAGAAGGAGGCUACAAGUGAUGUUCCCUCCACUUUGAAGUUAUUGCAAAGCCUGAAGGAGCAAGAACGUGAGCAAACACAUGUGCAGUGCACAAAGAAACACCAUGUACCCUUUCGCCAUCCCAGUCAGGGUGGAGCGAUAUGCCAACUGCCACAGAAACUAAGUUGCGCAGCGGAGGAGAAGAAAUGCCAACAUAAACCGGUCCCUAUGCCACGCAAGUCUCUUACCCCAGAGCCCCAACAUGUUGACACCUACAAAAUGGAAGAGGCCCUCAACAAGAUAGCCCAAGAAGCUGAAGAGAGCAGCAUCAAGUUGAGCCAAGAAUUGCAGGAGUUGCGUAAGGAAGCUUUGAUAACCAACUCAAAGCCCAAGAGACUGGACUCCCAGGAGGAAAAAUUCGAACAGGAACUGCAGGAAAUCGAAAAAGUCUCACAGGCUGCCAAGAAAUGUGGGAAAAUGCUCUUGGAUACUUUGCCAGACGCUGUGGACACAGGAGAUGAAGGCCAACAGGCCCAACAACAACCAGCCAGGAAAUUGCACAAAGAAGAUAAACUCAUCAAGGCUAUCGAUCAGGUAUCGGAAGCUGCCAACAAGGUCUGCGAGAAGAUACUCAAGGACAUUGUAACCACCGAGCCACCUGUUGUAGUACAAGAAGCUGUACAAGUGAAACAGCAGCCCAAAGCCAUUGAAGAACCCAUGAAGGACUCCAAACCACUGGUGUCAAGCGCUUUAGUCAUGCCCACUCUGAUCAAAAAACUGGAUCCCAUACAAUCGGACAAGAUAGAAGCCAUUGCCAUGCGCUGCAUGCGCCAACUGAGCGAUUUGGCCGACAGCCACGACUACGACAAUCUCAACCAACCCGAAGUAGCAGUGGCCUCCAACUGUAAUGUGGAAGAUACAAAUACCCAAGUAGUCAGCUCCAAUGAUUUGUCAACUUCUAAUCUUACAGAAAUGCCCAAACCCCUUGUUAACACAAACCCCAAGCAAAUGAUCGAUGAAAUCGAUCAAAUCAUGAGGGAAUGCGAAGAUCAGGCACGCAAACAAGAGAUGGUCCCCACUGCCAAAGUGGGCGGUGAGCCCGCAAAGACAGCAGCCCCGGUCUCCAGUACCACCACCUCCUCCUUCUCGUCCUCCAGUGACUGUUUGGCAAAGUCUUCUAGUCCAACGGCCAGUCGCCGUUUCUCCUCGAGCAUAACCUCCUUUAACCCUUACUCAUCCAGUGAUUAUAUUAAAUCACCCAGUAGCGACUAUCAUGCACCCAGCACCGAUCGUAUUAAGUCCUGCAGCACCACCUCCUACGAUGUACAAUCGACAACCAGUGCUACACCGAACAAAACCAUCACCACAACGACGAGCAAUGUCAGUUGUUCACCCUCACCGCCACCGCUCAAUCUGACACCGGUCAGCAAUUGCAGUGCCACCCUGGCCUGCUCCCCAGCACAGAGGGCGCGUUCGUCCUCGCCCUCGCAAUACAACUCGUCCGAGGAGCUGGCCAUGAUCUUUGGCAUUGAGGAGCAGACGAAAAAGAAUCGCACUCACCAGCAAACACAACAACUACAGAAACACUCAGAAUCCGCCACCAAUAGCUCGGCGAAUGACUUAACAACUUCAGCAUUAGCCACUGCCAAAACUAGCUGCCAGCUACAACAACAAAAUCCCCAACAACUGCAACUGCAAUAUCCGCAAUCCGAACAGCAGCAACAAUCACUGUUAAAGAAACAGCAAAAUUUUAAGCAUUAUCAAGGACAUCAUCCCCACUUUCAUCAUCAUACCGCUCCGGCUUACUACACCGACUUGCAUUUGAGAAUCCAUACGCCCGAGGUGAAGGAUUCACUCAAUGAAAACUAUCAGAGCGUUUAUAGGACACCAUCGAAUUUGGUAAGAGACGAACGUCAAUUUCCCAAAUCAGCAACAGCCACUGUGGCUCCGCCACCCAUUACCGGCAGUAAGUCGCCCAAAGGCUUUGCCACGGAACAACAGGAGGGUAACUCCACCACAUCGAGCUCCUCGUUUUUUCGUGGGGCCGGUUGCGGCCAUCCCCAGGAGGAGCAAUUAAACAGAGCCAACGAACCCUACGGGACCUUAUCGCCAAGUUUGGUGACCCCUGCAAAAGGUAACAGUCCUCAGUCUUGUGCUUCAGUCGGGGAACCACUUCCCCCUCUAGCCGCUAAUGUCGAUGGUAGUGUAGUUUUUGCUUGUACAAAUUUUAAGCCCUGCGUUGCCACGGCGGAAUUGGUUCAAACAGCUUCCAACUCGCCCAAACAAUCGCCUUUGGCACCACGGAGUAGUCGUAAUACUCAGCGUUUCAGCAAUCGACGAAGAGCUGUGCGAGUGCGCAGUGAAUCGCGUCCCAUCAGCGCCCUCUAUGAUAUAAUAUGCAAAGAAAAGGGUCUCGACAUUGGCACGACAACAACCAACGACGAAGAUUCCUCGCCCCAGCAGAGUCACGACGAGAAGCGGACGAAAUCCCGUCGCUCUCAUUCGAGAUCAGUGCCCAAGCAGAACGUCAAGGCCAGUAGCUACAGCGGCGGCAUGAUGUCCCCUGGAGGCGAUGCCAGUCAAACACUUUCAGCCACUGGAGGCCAGAAGAAACGCUCCAAAGACAAACACUCAUCACCCUCCAACAUGAUAUUCAUCAAUGAUCUCAGUGACAAUGAGGAUGACGAAGGUGGUUGUACACGCAAAUCUCAACGCCUGAAAACUGGCCAUCGCCAGCGAGCCAAUGUGUUGGGUGAGAGCCAACAGUCCAAGUCUGCUUCAUUGCCGCCAGGCUUAAAGGGUCUGUCCGAUCUAAGCCUCAACGCAGAGAAUCACAACAAUUUUUCAGCCCAGCAACAAAAUCAUCACAAUCACCACCAUCACCACCACCACCAAAAUCAUCCAUCCAAUAAUAAAGUAGCUCAAGAUUCCUUUAAGUCGCUCCAGACCAGUAGUGCUAGUGACAAUGUACUUAAUGCUAAUUACUCAUCAUUACCAUCAUCAUCAUCGGCAGCAGCAGCGACAGGGCCGGCGGCGGCCGCAUCAUAUCCUGCGGCAUUUUCGCCCAGUGCAGUAGCAUCAGGUGCUGGCACCAAUGCACCAGAACUUGUGACGGUUUCGCCCAACAAAACCGCUGCUGAUCGCUUUCAACGGAAAUAUAGACGUACACGCGGCGAUGAGAAACCACGUCGUCAUACCGAUGGUGCCAUAAAAUUCCCGGCGGCUACUGAACCAACAAACGAGUGGCAACAGCAGCAGCCGUAUUCCCACCACCAUAAUACCCAACAGGACGAUGAUGGACAUAAUGACGAUGCUGGAGUUACACCACAUCGUCAUUCACAGCAUCGCCAUCACCAUCAUACGCCUAACCAUGCCUCGCCACAGCCGCAGCAUCAUCCACAUCUUCAUGAUUUAAAUGGUGCUGGUCACGAUUCCCAUGUAUACGCCGCUAAUGCUAAAAGAUUCAUAACUCGUUCACAACGUGCCACAUCGGCUGGUAUCAUCAAUGGUGCACAGCCCAGUGAUUCAUCAUCUUCUGCCUCCAAUUCACCGAUACCCGGUCGUUUAUCACCAACGUCAUCGUCCACAGCAGCAGCUGCAUCACAACACCAAGAAAUACCUCUUCUGUCGAAAUCGCCAACUGUUGGUGGUGGUAAAACUGAAAACGGUUUUGCCCCGAAAAUUAGCGCCAACGCUGCCAACGAUAUUACCAACAAUUCUGGCAGUGGUGGCAGCGUUAAACCUCCAACAUCCAACAAAACACCCAGCACUGCAGUAGCAGACAGCAACGCCUCCGCGUCAUCCACCAAGAUAAACUCCCAUGCAUUGGCAUUGAACAGUGAGAUUCCAUUGAAAGCCCAUCAGGAGGAUAACAGUAACUUGACAGCCGUAACAACUGAAGCAACCGCAACAGCAGCGCCAGCAGAAACGGUUGUCAAACCUCCUCCAGUCAUAUCAGUUGAUCAACAUUUGCCUUACAAACCUUUCUUUCAUUGUUGCAAUUUAUCUUCUUGUUCCUUUGCUACAUCUGCUCUUAACCCUGCCCACUCUGCUUGCUUUGGCUUGCAAUUAAGUAACCCUAUGGACCAUCAGCAACAGGAUCAGAGUUGUCAUCAGCAACAGCGUUACCCUACACUGAAAAAUAAUGUGGUGGUACCGACGAUAACACCUAGCAAACAAUACAGUUGCCAAUACCACCCAAGCUAUGUACCAUGCAGCACUUGCUUCUAUAACAGCAAUGGCAGCAAUCCGAGUGUUAGCUGUAAUUAUGCCACGCCCACAACCUCAUCGGUACUUAAACAGCGUAAGCAUACAGGAAAUUGCUUAUUGCCCAAAUAUCGCAAAUAUCCUCCGCUAUCACCGCUUUUAAUUACAACGGGCAAAGCACCAACUAACAACACCACCUUCACCACCCUCACCAACACCACCACAUCACAAACACCCACAUUACUCGUAUCAAAUGCAGGCGCCUCAUUGCAGUUAUGCGAAACGGCGAAUCUGCAACAACAGCACUCGUCACCAGGAAAACACAGUCCUACCGCAUGGGACUCUUGCAACAUUGUCACCAGACAUGACUGUUCAUCGGGGUCCUCUUCGGUUACGCCCCUAUCACCAAAUAGUGGCGUCCAGUCAUUGUCAGUGCAAUUAGUGCGUACAACGAAAACCACACGUUUACGUGCCGCAGCACUGGAUGAAGCUGCAGCCCGCCGCAGGAGGCGUCGUGAAUUGGGUAUGGCCCGUACCUUGGUGCCUGCAGAGGAUGCUGCUGCGGCUGCUGUAAAGGAAUUGAUUACCUCUCCCUCCUACUCUUACUCAAGGAUUCAAGCGAUGUCACCAACCAAACCCGCCAUACGCAAUGAUCUUUCUUAUCACCUGGAAAUGGCCCGCAGAGGUUUGGACCCAACUUCCACCGCCAAUGCUUUGGCCAAUCGACGUCGCGCCCAAACCGCCAGCCCCAAACAAUUGAACGAAGCUCUGUCCUCCCCAACCAGCGGCGCCAAUGGCAGCAAGGCUCAAACCAUGCCAAAAGUAAGCCGGCGUUCGGAUACUGUUGCCAUUGGGGAGUUGCGUAAGCAGCGCACCGAUGAAGUGAAUCGAAAAAUGAACGAACGCACCCGCAGUGAUCUGGCAGAGAUAAUGAAGAUAGCAGAAAAUGCCAAUGAAUCUUCCGAGACUGCAGCCGAUGCCAUUGCUCAUCUCACUAAUACGAUGCACCGCCUACGCAUCAGCCAAGAGCGGGAUGAGAACGAAAACAAUCGCAGCUCACCUUCGACCACCGGCAAACAUGCCACAUUUCAUGAGGAGAAGUGCAUCUAUUAUGAUCCGGAACCUCUGGAACAUGUCGAUCACAAUGGUGGCGAGGCCAAGGAGCGUUCUAUUCUGGGAGGAAUUCUUCGUUAUCAGCGUUUGUUAAAGGCCCGCAGCAUAGAAAGGGAAUCGAGUUUUGAGCCACCAAAGCUUUCACCCAUACUAAGACGUAAAAGCACGGACGAUCCGCUCAACAGCGCUCUAAGUCAAACACCCAAUCAAAUUGUGUCGAUACUUAAGAAGAAGGAUCAUCUGUCCGCCUGCGAAUCUAGCUCGGCUUCGAGCAAUGCCUCCCCCGUCACCUUUUCGGCCAGUGUCAUGGAUACACCGUCUAAGCAGAAACGCGCUGGUAUCCUCAAGAAACGUUCCUCACUCGAUGAAUCUCGUUACUAUUCGCGGUCUCAUUCUCCAGAUGAGCGCAGCAUUUUCAUAAAAUCUGCUCGCCGUAAUUCGCUAGAGGAAACUGCAGCUAAUGGUGGUGCCCUUGGAGGUGCUUGCUCUCUAACUCAGGGUACCCAUGGCAUUCUCAAACAGAGCAGCUAUGAUAGCUUCAAAAGUGAUAGCUGUCCUUCGGCUGGUGGGGCUGUCGGUGGUGGGGGAGGAAGUGCUGGCGAGUCUCAACAUCCCCACAGCAUACUCAAGAAAAAGGAUUCAACAUCCACCCCCUCGGAUAGUGCCCAGCAUGGAGGCACCAAACAUGUUUCGAUCUCUCAAGCUGUGAUUCUGGCAGCUGCCGAAUUGUCAGCCAAUGAACCAGCCGACAAUUCGGUCUUCAAUGAAGAAGGCCUCUCCUUUACACCCUGUAACGAGGAGUAUGACAUCAAGCCCAUACUAAAACUGGAGACGUCCAUCAGUGAAGAUGCGGUGAAGCCACCAAAACCCAUUCUCAAAAAGAAAUCCUCCGGCGACUCGGAUGAACAUGAAAUCAAACCCAUUCUUAAGACAUCACGCAAAUCAAGCCGAGAAGAAUUUGAUUUCGAUCCCUUUUCCGAAGGUGAAAGUGCGGCAGGAAGUCAAGAACCUCUGGUUAGGCCCAUACUCAAAACAGACUCACCUUCCAAGCGACGUUCGCUUGGUAGUGGCGAAACCACCACCACCGAAGCUAGCAACAAUGGGGGACGAGAGGCCAACUCACCCUUCUUGCUUAAAAGACGUACUCGUUCAUUGGAGCGUCAAGACCAGACACCUGUGAUAGAUUUGGGAGCCGCUCUUAAUGCUAUUGCUACCUCACAAGAGAACACCGACGAUCUAGUGGCCAGUCUGACCUCAUCCACACCGGGAGCCAAUAUCUCAGUGACAGAUCGUAUAAAGUCCAUGGAAAAGUUCCUUACCAAUCAAAGUGCAACAGCUACAACUCCAAGUGGUGCUGCCGUUAAUACUUCAUGGGAGUCUCCCUUGCAAAAUGCGGCAGAGGGUGCCGCAGCUCCAGCUGCUGUUGGUGCAAAAAUCUUGAAGCCCAGUGUCAUACGCCGUGAUUUGUUGAAGGAUAGAUACAAAACUCAACCCAUAACCAGUGACGAGAAAAAUUUCUUCAAAAGCAACGACUCUUCUACUCUGUAUACGUCACCUGCCGGUUCUGCUUUCAAGCCGGCCAAGUCUUUGGAAGGUCUUGGUUUCAUCAACAUCACCGCACACGGCAAUCAAUCGCCCAACGCAGCACCCUCUGCAUUUGCCCUAACACGCUCCUAUACCCAACCCUUGCAGCCCACGCUCUCAUCGUCAUCCUUCAAGGCUUGUCCCAUACGCAAAACACCCAAUCGUUCCUCAACGCUUCAGCUCAACGAAUCCUCGACCAUCAAUUCGGAUUUAACGCAAUCAUUUACCGGCGGUGAUUCGGGCUUAUCGUGCGACAGCAACAUAUUCGAAAUGUCCGGUCUAGAGCAGGAUGUUGAUAUGAAUCAGGAGCCUAAGACUCCUUCCAAUGCUGGUAAUACCUCAACGACCGGAUCGUCCUCGGGCAGUGGCAUUGUGCGUACGAAUAGUGUAAAGGCCAGAGCGAAUAUGUUCCAGCAGAUGCAGGAGAAUAAGGCAAACAACGGAGGCUUGAAUCGGGAAGAACGUACUUCACCGAAAAGAGUACCUCGUCGUUUGUCACCUUCUCCAGCUCCUCUGAACACAACUCUGGGUGGAGAUGAGCCACGUACACCAAAUAAUCCAGCCGCUAAUACGGAUGAAGAAAUCGAACCCUCUUCGUUACCUGUAUCGGAGAGACUAAGAUUUUUCAGCAGUCUCACCGAAUCGAAUAAUCGAAACUCAGGAUCGUUUACCCGAAGUCCACCAAUGAGUGGCAUAGAGCGCAGCUCUAGCCUGAGUUCAUAUGCCAAUUAUUUCUCGGCCAACACCCCAAGAAGUAGUACCAACCAGAGUAGUGCCAGCGUAACACCCACACCCAUGGAGUGUGGUCAACAAUGGCCCUCCGUACUUAACGAUUCGCCCACCAUUCUUAAGCAGGAUCAGAUAAUCAACCAUCUGAAGGUAAUCACAAAUGGAGCCAGUGAAAGUUUCUCAAAGAAGAAUUCGAGCAUAAGUGAUUUCACUGAUUCGCGUGAGGUUAUUAAGGCGGAUAUUGUCAAGACUUCACCAUUUCUGCAAGCAUCAGGACAACCAGUCAGUGCCACGCCAGCCCAUUUAUCGAAUGCCGAUACCACACCCACUUCUACGCUAACGCCCACCAUGAGGCGCAUUAAACUGAAGAUCAUAGGUAAACUAAUGCUCCCCACCACCUUUUUGAACAAUGAUCGCAACAACAACCAAACCUCAGGUCAAACCAAGGAGAACACAACGCCCACCGCCUCUCUGACUUUCAGCGAACAAAUCAGCGUGGAAAGCAAUGAUUCGAUGAGCUCACAGCAACCGCCCAAGAAAAUUGGCAAAAUCAAGUCGCCCUUCAUUGAGAAUUGCAAUCAGAUGCAACAGAACAAGAUGCAGCUGAAUGUCAAGAGCAUGAAAUUCGAUUAUCGCCAGAACAGUCAUCCUCCCCAGCAGGCCUCCACGGCCUUGGCCUCACUGGAGAACAGUGCCGAGCAUCAUGCUAGCCAUAAUGGUCUGAGCAAGUAUUUCAAUAACUCAGCCCCCAAUCUAAGCAAUGGCCAUGGUCAUGUGCUGCUGCACAGCUCCCAUCAUACGGAGGAUUCUAAUACUGACUCAGGCAAGGAGAAUAUUGACACCUCUUCCUCGGCCGGCACAAUGGAUAGCAGCACAACAAUGGCAUCAACCAAAACCACCCCGGUGGUGGAGAUAAAAAGAAAACUCACUCGGAAAAAUACCCCCAACGCGCAAUCGCUUCAUUCCGGAGGAAUUGUAAGCCGCACCCAGGUAACUCCUCGAUCGGCAUCGUUCAAUGGUUCCUCUAAAUCGUCCACGCCACAAGUCGAUAGUAAAUAUGCCAAAUACUUUGGCCUUAAAACACCAACAAAUACCUCCUCCCACUCCAAUGGUUUGGCGAACGGCUUCAAGACACCACAAAUACCGCCACCUCUUCCAAAACAACCUCCACCUCAACUGCCGAAAAGUUCGGAAACAUUGAACAUUUCACAAUCCAUGUCGCCAUCAGCAGAAGCCAUCAAUCAGCAUGUGCAGCUGUGGGUCUCUAACGGAGCUAGCCGGGGUGUCAAACGUAUGGCAUGCUCCAGCCCCCAGGAGAUGAUAACGAAAUUCGAAGAUAUUGUGGUGGCCGACGAUGAACUAAGGCAAGCGGACGAAGAAUUCGAUAGGCUGUUCGGUGAACUGGAUGUGCAACCAGCUACAAUGGUAGAAUUUGAAAAAAUCUAUCGAGAAUUGUGUGAUGAUGUAGGAAAAUAGAAAUACUCGAGAUGGUGGACUAGGACGCCAUGCCCAUAAAGAGGAAAUCUGCAACUGGAGUCAAAUCUAUUCCUGGAGUGAUAUUUAUUGUUUUUUUUUUUUAAGGGUGUGAUGAUGUCUUGGUGUAAUUUCAGGUGUAAUUUAUUAUUUUUGUUUUUUUUUUUUGUUUCGAAGGCAUUAUUUUGCUGUUGUAACAUUUGUUGGUAAGGUUUUUGUACAUUUUUUAGGGACCAUGGAACUAUGGUAUUACUCUGGGAAAUGUGGUUAUACAUACUAAAAAACUUAAUUUUUUGAAAGUCAAUUUUUUUUAUUAUUAAUUAACAAAAAACAAAGUUUAAAGAAACUUUCGUAUAGCAGAAAGGUAUUCGAUUUGGAUUUUUUAAACAGAUUUUUUUUGUUUAGAACAAUUUUCUCCAUCUAUUAUAUCAAAAACAAUUUUCUCCAAAUCUUAAAGAAAUUGAUUCUGUUUUGAGUUCUUUUAUCUGUUUUGUCAAAUAGCUUUUUUAUUAUUUUUUAUUUGAAAGGAACAAUUUUUUACGUUAUUUUCUCUUCCAAAGGGGAACUCUCAGCACUUUGACCAUGCAAAUGAAUAUUACCGGCAUGAUGGAUUUGUACUCUAACAUUUACUUCCGGUAAUCUAACAUUUCGAGGUCUCGCAAGAAACCUUCAUCAGUGCUAUUAUGGAUUUCGGUUUAGUUUUCGGAAAUCUAUAAAAAUCCUUUGACUGAUGGCUCCAUUAUCAGUAAUUUCGAGGACUGUUCAGAACCCUUCAUCAGCGCUUUUUUGUUUUCGGUUUGCUUUCGGUAAUCUAUAAAAAUCCUUCUUUCUGAUUAUCCUAUUGUCAGAAGUUUCGAGGCCUGUUUAAAAACCUUCAUCAGUGGUGCUUUUCUGUUUACUUUCGCUAAUCUAACAUUUCGAGGCCUGGUAAGAACCCUUCAUCAGUGCUAUCAUGGAUUUCGGUUUACUUUUCGAAAAUCUAUAAAAAUUCUUUUACUAAUGACACCAUUCUCAGAUGUUUUGGGGACUGUUAGAACCCUUCAUCAGUGUCAUUUUGUUUUUCUGUUUGCUUGCGGUAUCUUUCUUUAAAAAAUCCUUCUUUUUGCUGAUAUUCAUUCCAAUGGUCCACAAUAGCUCAGCAACUCCACUUUGAAAAUGUUUUUGUUUGUUUCUCUUCUGUGAAAUAACAGUCAAAAAAUGUGAAAAUUUUGUUUUACUUACAAUUAAUAAAAAAUUGUUUUGAUCAAUAAAAUAAAUGUUUAUUUUUGUAAAUAAUCAAAAACAGAUAUAGAACAACUUAGAACAGUAUUUUUUUAAGAAAUUUUAAAAUUUAUUUUCUUUUUUCAUAUUAAUUUUAAAAUAAACAGUUAAUUUAUCUUUAAACAUUUUAAUAUUCAAAAAAAAAAAAUUAAUUACCGGUCCUAUUUCCACACUUUUUCCCAGAGUAAUACAUUGCUUGAACGGAGCUCUUUGUUCUCUUCCGACCAAAAGAGACUUUCGUUUUUUAGUUUUUUUUAUUAUUUUUAAUAAAUGAGAAAUGUUUUAUUUUUUUUUUUAAUUUUAUUAUAAUUUUUAUAAUUUUUUUUUGUAUUAAUAUAUAUAUGUGCAAAAUAUGUAAGAAAACCAAUUAAUGUGGCAAAAAUUUUAUUUUCAAAUGACAGGGGAUAUUCUAAUCUAACAGAGUCCGCAAAAAAAUGUGAACAAAUAUUGAACACCAGUGUGUCUCUUUAAGCGUAUGCCAAAUGGUAACAAAGUUCAAGCAUUGGUAAUAAUAUGAUGUUGAAUGUGGUGAAAAAUUUUUGACUAGCUCGGGAGCUAAGUGAUUGCGCAGUUGCCCAACAACAAAAAAUUGAGUGCACUAUCGAUCAAAAUCAGUAAUUUGUGCAGGGGUACACAAAACUAAAAUUUUCUUUACGGAAACGUUGAUGUUGAAUUCACACAUAUUCUUAUUCUCUUGGUUUCAGCAACCGUUGUUGGAACAGCAACGAAUGAACACACGCAUGGCUAUACGCAUCACUUAUCCGUUUUCAAACAAAAAACAACAAUUUUUAAUUUGACGCUAGGCAGGAAAGAAAAAUUUGUGUUAAAUUUCAGUCAUGGAGAGAACUAAAAAAAAUUUGAAAGUAAGUCACGCAUACAAUCCCAUUUGCAUUUUGUACAACUCUGAUUUUGAGUAUGUUACUAGUUCGCGCUUUUUCUUUGUUUGUGUGUGUUAUGGUUCUGAACUAUAAUGCACACACACAACCAAAACUCGUCGGCAGAUGGCGCACUUCGCGAGAAAAAAUUGUACUUAGCUGGCUAAUAUGGCUAAGAUGCGAUUUUUGAAAGCAGCAAAGACAACAUCAACAUCGGCAAUCAUUCGGUUUUUAAACCCACCACCAUAGGAUGGUGGUAUAGUAGUCAAGUCAUUCCGUCUGUAACGCCUCGAAAUAUUCGCCUAAUACCCCAUAAAGUGUAUAUAUUCUUGAUCGUCUCGACGUUCUGAGUCGAUCUAGCCAUGUCCGUCCGACCAUCCGUCCGUCUGUCCAAAUCACGAUAGGGGUCGAACGCGUAAAGCUAGCCAAUUGAAAUUUUGCACAGAUACUUAAUAUCGAUGUAGGUCGUUGGGGAUUGCAACUGAGACAUAUCGGUUCAGAUAUGGAUAUAGCUCUUAUAUAAACCGAUCUCCCGAUUUGACUUCUUGAUUCUUCUUCAAUUUCCCUAAAAUUUCUGUUAAGACUUCCAACAACUGCGCUAAGUACGGUCCGAAUCGGUUUGAAACUCCUCUUGCUAUUUGUCUAAGACCCCAUUAAGUAUAUAUAUUCUUGAUCGUCAUGACAUUUUAAGUCGAUCUAGUCAUGUCCGUCCGGCUGGCCGUCUGUCUGCCGAAAGCAUGCAAAUCUUCGAAACAGUAAAGCUAGGUGCUUAAAAUUUAGAUAAAUACUUCUUAUUAGUGAAGGUCGGUUGGGAUGGCAAAUGGACCAAAUCGGUCCAUGUUUUGAUAUAGCUGUCAUAUAAACCGUUUUAAGAUAAUGCCGCCAAUAACAACAAAAAACGUGAUUGAAAAAUUGUAGUCGGCACUUUGGAGACACUUUGUGUUUGUCCUGAUAACUGUAUGUCAUAUCACUCUUAACCACGACAGUCAGUCUUGUUUUCCAUUCGGCUAAUAUGACCCGUUUAGUGGUUUGAUCCGCAAACCACACCUACGUUUCCUACUACCCAUGUGUUAAAAAAAAAAAAACAAACAACAACUUUUUUAGCGCUUUUCUUUAUUUAUGAUUGUGCUAAAAUAUGACUGAAACCUUUGUUACUGACACGAUGUAGUUUUCGGUUUAGCCACAGCUUUUUUGAGAGGUUUGUAUAUAAAAACCAACGUUAAAGUCUUUGGUUUUAUUGUUGUAUUUAAAUUUUCAAAAUUUCUCCUAAAACCUUUUCUUUUUAUUAAGAAAACGAAUUUAGCACGAAACUAUUACAAAUUGUUCUUCUAAAUUUUUCUAACUUACUCAUGUCAAAUAAAAAAAGGGCCAAGAAGUAAGUUAAUGAAGCCGUUAAAACAUGAGUAAAAUAUGAGAAAAUAAAUGUUAUUAUCAAAAAUCUUAAUAAAUUUCUAUUAUAUAUUCUAUUCUAUUAUUUUGCUACCAAAGACUAUAACUAGGUUUUUCAAUAUAUUGUUGUUGUAGCCAUAUUUUCAUGUGGAGAUGGUGAUCCUCGUCAAGCCCUUGUAGCUCGUUCCGGUCCAAAGGACCGAUCGCCUCGGGAACAGGGUGGCCAUUGUUUAUUUAAAGGCGCCAAUACCACGCCUUGUCAUACCGAGCAUGAUUGAUACACAGUAUCUGUGCAAGAGCCGGUGCCGUCCGGCCUCUCACUGAGACUUUCCGCUCGAUACUGCUGAUUGUCUACGACUGCCGUUGCAGCUACUCCUUAUGGAGCAUUCCACUAUCCGCAACCUGUGGACACGCCCGGUAGCUCGCAGCUAAGCUUCUCGUGAGAAUAAUGAACACCACACAAAUUGGAGCUAAAUCUUCCAGUCUGUGUGGUGCUCACAGCAUAUUGACUAAUAAAAACUGACGUUUUUCUCUGAGGCUAGCUAAAUUUACAUGUGGGGAAUGGUUAUAUAUAGGGCCUCAUUCUCGAAGAGUUUUUAGUCUCGUUAUGCUCUCAAAUAUGUAACAUCUUUAUACUCAAAAAAUAAAUCGUUUGGAAUAUCUUUACACCAAAAGAAAAAUCUCUUUUAUUGGUGAAAAAUACUAUUUUUGCAGUUACUGUGCAACUUUUCUCUUCAAUAUUGAAUGCUAGUCGUGAGGUUGCCACAUUUUGAUAUAAAAGUCACUGUGGUUAGGGUAAAACUUUUUGAAACUUCGUCUGUGGUAAAGUAUGGCUCUCAUAUGAGUAAAAACUUAAAUUCUUUGAGGCCAAAAAUCUUUUGUUUACAGUCAAAGAUGAUUUGUUACAGGGAAACGAGAGUUCGUUUGGUUUGUUUAUAUCUUAAGUCUCUUCGAUUUGGCAGAGAAUUUCGCUCAAACAAGACUCAUUUUUGGUUUUAUUUAUUGAGUAUUGUUCAGCAAGCCAGCGGUCAGUAUUACUUGUAUCGCGAUCGUUGCACAUAACAAAAUAAUUAGGGAAAGGAAAUGUUCGCCAAGUAAACUUCUUUUCUGAAAAAGUUGGAUUUUUUUACGAUAAAAGUAUGUUUUUGGCAAAAAUUCUUGAAUUCGGAACAAAUAUAAUAGAAUGUAUAAUGGAAUGUCACCGUGGCACAGAUGUUAACAUGUGCGCCUAUGACGCUGAAGGCCUGGAUUCAAAUCCCGGCGUGAUCAUUAGCAAAAUUUUCAGCGGUGAGGUAAGGUAUUCUGCUUUGAUAAAACUUCUCUACCAAGUGGUGUCGAUAUGCGGCUCGCCAUUCGGACUCGGCAUAAAAAGGAGGCCUCUUAUCAUUGAGCUUAAACUUAAAUCGGACUGAACACAUUGAUAUGAGAGAAAUAUCCCCUGUUCCUUAAUGGAAUGUUCAUAGGAAAUUUAGUAAAAAGUUCUUUUUACCCUGAUAAUACCUUUCAUGCUUGAUAUAUAGAACAUGUUAUUCGGGGUUUCGACUAGUUUUUUUAUUUAAAAGUUAUUUUAUCAUCAAACAUUUAUAAUGGAUGGUAACAAAAUUCAAACUCACAUUUUCAUGAAUUAUAAGCAGAUCUCAGUUAGUAAUUCAAACUCUUUCAGAGUAUAUUUGGAUUUAGUUCAAUCUUAUGAAACACAAUUGUAUUAAAAGCCUUCCAUUCUCGCAACAACCCAUUAUGGUUUUGUAUUACGAUCUACUGCAUUCGUUAUGCCAUAAUAAAACCAAAAAAUUGUUGUUAUUUUCGCACAUUUAAAUACCUACUUUGUCAUGGAUAUUUCUUUAUCGCAUAAAUGUUAUCAAACAAUGUAUGUGCCUAUGAACUUAUUUUUGUGUUUGCUUGUGCCUGGCAGCCAUUUAGGUGAUACUCUAAUGAUUUUUUUAUGAUAUUAAUUUUAUCGUAAACAAGUUCCCAAUGUUUUUCUUAAAAGGUGUUUUCUUGUACUUUCCAAAAAACUCGUUUAUGGCUAAUGAAUUUUAUAUAUUGCCUUUAACUUAGGCUUUUAUUGCCAGAAUGAAGACAUGGUUUUUCGCCUAAUCCAUUAGCGCCCAGUGGCUGAGCUGAUAGCGAGAUAGGAUUAUCGGCGCGGGUAUUAUGGGUUUGAUUACCAACAGAGGCUUUCGUCUGUCUCUGUUGUGGUAUCGCAAUGGUCAUACAUUGUCAUUAUUUCAAACUGGCACUUUUAAUUAACCCUUGAAAGCUAAAGAACACUGGAAAUAAGUUACAUCUUCAAUAACAGAGAGUAUUGUCCGAUACAAUUUUUAGAUCAAUAAUAAGUCAUUUUUCACUUUAGCCAAAAGUGAUCUUUAUACAGUCUGCAAUAAGACUUACUUAGGAAAUUUAGCCUUUUGUGAUAGACAGGGAGUGUUUCCCGAUACAGCUUUUAGACGGUUGUGGUCUGUAUUCAGUCUACUCAGACAAUUAAAGCUCAUCUUAUACCACAGGAACCAGAGAAGAAUAAAGCUUUAGAUUUGUACUAGAUCGCUUUUACUCAAUGGAAAGUUCAUGAGCAAAAUAAAAAUUUUACGAAUACAUACCAGAGAACUGCAUGAGACCCAAAAUUUGCCACUCAAUAGCCACUUUGUUCAACGCAAUUGUCUGUAUCGCAUACCACAUAAAAACUAAGUUAGCUAGAAAUACACGCACAUAUACCAUAGAGUAAGAGAUGUGCGAACGUUUUAGUAAUGUGCGCAUGGGGAUGUGCUUUUCAAUUUAGUCGACGCACAUCGUGUGCUGUUUGCAAAUGGACACCACUCAGAUGAAUGCCAAGCAGAGGAAUGAGACAGCAAGUUUUGUUGAGCGGCAUAGAUAUACUCCGUUGUUUUUUUUUUCACUUGAGUUUUUUUCUUUUUGGAUGAGAAUUGCUUUUAUCAGUGACGUACGUGCUGUCUGUCUCCGUCUGUUCAAAAGUGACAGACUAGCCUCCAUCUUUUUCUUUACCCAAGCCAUUACAAAGCACCCAAAUUAAUUUCAGCUCUCAAAUCUUUGAAAGGCAGCUGAGUGUGAACGUUCUAUUCAGUUGCGCUCAAUGGGGGCCAUCAUGCGUGUUGCUUAAAACGCAAAAUAGGAUUGGCAAUCAUUUUAUGCUGAUCGGCAAAACCACUUACAAUAGCUCAACGAAUUUAAAGGAACAUUUUAUGUUUUGCUCGUUGAGUCUCUGUUUUUUAUGGAAGAACUAUUUUCAAAUUAACUGUGUUACAUUUUCCUCCAUUGUUGUAUGUAAGUCCUGAAUUUAAAACUCUCUGAUGUAAAAGUCACUUCGUUUAUGGUAAAACCUUAAGAAACUUCGUCUGUGGUAAAGUGUGGUUCUAUUACGUUAAAAUACAAAAUUUCUUUUAAGCUAAAAAUGUUAUGUUUACAGGAAAAUGAGCUUUAUUGCACAAACUUGCAUUUGUUUGGUUUGUUUAUCUUGUCUUCUUUUCAUUUGGAAAAAAGCAUGUGUGCGUAAAAAUCAUAGAUGGGCAACCAUACC